AUGACAAUAGUUUAUAUUGAUCUUUUGAAGCAGUUACAUAAUGAUAUCGAAAUUCGCUUCUCUGAUAUACUCCAAAUAAUGGUGCCGCAGUGGUUUGUGAAUCCCUUCGUUGUUGAUCCAUCUGAAGUCGAUAUUGACAUACAAGAAAGCUUCAUUGAACUUCAAAAUAACACAGCAGCUCUAGCAAGGUUCAAGUAUGGAGGAUACCAGAAGCUGUGGAUGUAUGAAGAGAUAUCUAAAAAGUACCCAUUACUCUGGAAAAAUGUUAAGUUGCUUUUACUCGCUUUUCCCACAUCUUAUUUAGUUGAGUUAGGUUUCAGUCGGGUGAUGUAUCUGCUGUCAAAGACUCGAAAUCGCUUUGACGUAGAACGAAGAGGAGAUUUACGCCUCCCACUGACGGCUUUGAAACUAAACAUUGACAAGUUGGUAACCCUGCAUCAGUUACAGGGAUCCCAUUGA